ACAAAGAAGAUUAGAGAACAAGCCAAGCGAACAAUACCGGAAAGAGAAGAGACGCAAAUGGAGUUUUAUCUGCUGGGUUACUUUACUCUGCUUACCCUCUUAUUCUCUUCCCUCGUUUUCUCUUUGAACUCCGAUGGUCUUUCCCUCCUAGCGCUCAAAGCAGCUAUCUCUACAGACCCAACUCGUGUUCUUCACACUUGGUCGGAAGAUGACUCAAACCCAUGUCACUGGGAUGGAAUCACUUGCACUAGCGGCCGAGUCACCGAAAUCUACCUACCCAAUAAGGGUUUCAAUGGCUACAUACCUUCAGAACUCGGUGCGCUCGUCUCUCUUCGUCUCCUCUCCCUCUCUCACAACAACUUCACCAAACCAAUCCCCUCUCGUCUCUUUAAUGCCACCUCUCUCGUCUCUCUCGAUCUCUCUCACAAUUUCCUCACAGGUCAUAUCCCAGGACAGAUCAAAUCACUCAAACACCUGAUUCAUUUGGACCUCUCCUACAAUCUCUUGAACGGAUCUCUCCCAGAUUGUCUCAGUGACCUUCAAGAGCUCUCCGGAACUCUAAAUCUCUCCUACAACAUGUUUUCCGGCAAGGUUCCUGCGUCGUACGGAAGUUUCCCUGUCGCCGUGAACUUAGAUCUCCGGCACAACAAUCUGUCCGGUAAAAUUCCUCAGGUGGGUUCUCUAUUGAAUCAAGGCCCCACAUCUUUCAUUGGGAACCCUAGUCUCUGUGGAUUCCCGUUACGAACUGCUUGCCCAGAAGCUGGAAACCCUACUCUCACUAUAAACCCAAUGAACCCUAGAAAUUCAAACCCUGAUUUCCCUAAUGGAGCAAUUCCCCAACAACCAAGCUCGAAACCUAGAGCUAGCUCAGCAGUUGUUCCGAUAAUCUCAGGGGUUUCUUUCAUUGUUGGAGCCGUUUCGGUUUCGAUGUGGCUGUAUCGGAAAAAAUGGGUGUCGGACGAGGGUAAAAUGGGAAAAGAUUUUUCGGAUAUGGAAGGCGAGGAUGAAGGGCAAAAGGGAAAGUUCGUAGUAGUGGAGGAGGGGUUUGGGUUGGAAUUAGAGGAUUUGUUGAGGGCAUCCGCGUACGUGGCAGGGAAAAGCCGGAGUGGGAUUGUGUACAAAGUGGUGGUGGGAAGAGGAUCCGGUGGUUCUGCAGCGGCCGUGGUGGCGGUCCGGCGACUGAGUGAAACCGGUGGGGUUUUAAGGCUGAAAGAUUUUGAAACGGAAGUGGAAGCAAUCGGGAGGGUCCGCCACCCAAACAUCGUGCGGCUGAGAGCUUACUAUUAUGCGUUUGAUGAGAAGCUUCUGAUAUCUGAUUUUAUCCCCAAUGGUAGUUUGUACUUCGCGUUGCACGGCGGGCCUUCAAAUUUGUCACCGCCUUUAUCAUGGACUGCACGGUUGAAAAUUGCACAAGGGGCUGCAAGGGGUCUUAUGUGUAUUCAUGAGUGCAGCCCUAGGAAAUAUGUUCAUGGGAACAUAAAAUCGUCGAAGAUCCUUCUCAACAAUGAUCUCCAGCCAUAUGUCUCCGGCUUUGGCCUCACUCGUCUUGUCUCAGGCAGUUAUAAAUCUACUGACAUAACAUCUAAGAAGCAAGGCUCAACACAAAUCAUCGGGCUCGGGUUGAAAAGUUCAAUGGGCAAUUCUGCCAGUUACAUGGCACCAGAGGCAAGAGUCCCUGGCUUCAAGUUGACACAGAAGUGUGAUGUGUACUCCUUCGGCAUGAUGCUUUUAGAGAUCUUAACUGGCCAACUACCAGAUGCUGGGCCAGAAAAUGAUGGCAAGGGAUUGGAGUAUUACGUGAGAAAGGUGUUUCGGGAAGAACGGCCCUUGUCUGAGAUUGUAGACCAGGCGCUUCUACAGGAAGUUCAGGCGAAGAAAGAAGUCCUUGCAGUAUUUCAUGUAGCACUCAACUGUACAGAAUUCGACCAGGAUUUAAGGCCUAGGAUGAAAGCUGUUUCUGAGAGUCUUGAUCGGAUUGGAUGUAAUUGAAUGCUGAAACGUGUGAGAUUCUUCUGUUCCACUUAGAAGUGAAAUCUGGCUAUAAGAGGAAAUGGUUGGAUGAUUUUGUUAAUAGUCGUGGUUUCUUGAGGUUUUUCUGUUUUGAAUAUCACUGAAUCCUUCUUCUUAGCUU